AUGCUUGCCAUUCAGUGGUACACGGUCGCGCUCAUCCUCGCAGAUGCGUACGAGCUGCUUCAGCUGAGGCAGGCCAAUCUGAAAGGCUUAACCUAUGACACCUGGUGGCUCGACAGCAGGGCUAACGCGCCGCUUGCCGUGGCACUGUACGCUGGCCUGCUCGUGUUCUUGAUGCUUUCACGCCUGUUUGUGUUGCUAGAGCCACUGAACCGGUGGCUGCUGAUGCUCAACACAAUCCAUGAGGGCAUCCGUCUGGUGCUCUACUCGCUUCUUUUUACUCAGCACAGUGGUGCGACGCAGCUCAACACGAUCCUUCUGACAUUGAUGUUGUGGAACACGCUUCUGUACGGGCGACAGUACUACAUCACCAUGUGCAUGCUGCGGGAGCACAGCAAGUGA